UAGAUGGUUCCGGAGGGGGUGGGUGGAUAGCGGACGGUAACUUCAGCACCCACCCGGUGGGAAACAGCGACAAGGCCAUUCAAGGGAAAAUCUUGUGGCCAAAUGGCACACUAAUCAUAGGGGUUGGAACUAAGGUCUGACUGUCACCUUUCAGUUUCAACUGAGUUUUUAUGUUUUUUUGCAUGUUUUUUUGUGACAUAUUUUGCCCCGUGAUUGUCAGGAGGAGGGUGAAGUCUCACAGCCGCCAUCUUUGGAAACUGACUAGGAGGAAAUAGAGAACUUUCAUUAUCUAACUGGUUUUUUAAAAUUUUAUUUAUACCAAGAAAUCUUUAGUAUAUAUAUUUUUUUCCAAGACCUCGAAUGACACACGUUUACACAAGUGUUAUUUUUUUUUUUUUUUUUUACGGUGGACAACACACAAGGAGUCGGUAUCGUACAACCUGGAGGAAAAAAGCUCCAAUCUGUCGCUUUCUCUCCGGUUCUACCUGAACCUGGACUCUGAUCGGUGCCCAUGCUCCGGCCCCUCCACUCCAGCAGAUGAGUCGCUCUGGCGUAGACGCAGCCGCGCCCCAACGUCCAGAUAGUCCCCUGGUCCUGCCCCCCGCCCUGCCGGGAGACAGCAGACUAUAUUACCCAGCAUGCCCUCCUCUGUGCGGGCGGGCAGCCUAAAGGACACGGAGGUAGCCGAGCUGUUCUUCAAGGAAGACCCAGAGAAACUGUUCUCUGACCUCCGAGAGAUAGGACAUGGCAGCUUCGGAGCCGUCUACUUUGCGCGGGAUGUACGAUCUACAGAGGUGGUGGCCAUCAAGAAGAUGUCUUAUAGUGGAAAGCAGUCCAACGAGAAAUGGCAGGACAUCAUAAAAGAGGUGAAGUUUCUCCAGAGGAUUCAACAUCCCAACAGUAUAGAGUACAAGGGCUGCUACCUACGAGAACACACAGCAUGGUUAGUGAUGGAGUACUGUCUGGGUUCAGCCUCUGAUGUUCUAGAAGUUCAUAAAAAGCCUCUUCAGGAAAUGGAGAUCGCUGCCAUUACCCAUGGUGCUUUGCAGGGUUUGGCCUACCUUCAUUCCCACAACAUGAUUCACAGAGACAUCAAAGCAGGUAACAUCCUACUGACGGAGCCAGGUCAGGUCAAGCUUGCUGACUUUGGCUCCGCCUCCAUCGCUUCCCCAGCCAACUCCUUUGUGGGGACGCCAUAUUGGUAUGGCCCCAGAGUGAUCUUGGCAAUGGACGAGGGCCAGUAUGACGGAAAGGUGGAUGUCUGGUCCCUUGGGAUCACCUGUGUCGAGCUAGCGGAGAGGAAGCCUCCUCUGUUUAAUAUGAACGCCAUGAGUGCCUUGUACCACAUAGCGCAGAAUGAGAGCCCUACACUGCAGUCCAGAGACUGCACGUGUUUGUCCAGCGAGAGCGUCCAGACUCUGUUCUGAUGGAUCUGAUCCUGAGGACCAAAGAGGCGGUCAGAGAGCUGGACAACCUACAGUACCGUAAGAUGAAGAAGAUCCUGUUUCAGGAAGCUCACAACGGACCACAGGCUGAGACACAGGACGGAGAUGAGGAGGUGGAGCACGGUGCAGGUCGUACAGACACAGUGAACAGUGUGGGCAGUAACCAGUCCAUCCCCAGUAUGUCUAUCAGCUCCCAGAGCAGCUCAGUCAACAGUCUGAAUGAAUCAGCACAGGACGACCGCAGUGAGCUGGACCUGAUGGAGGGAGACCACACGGUCAUGUCCAACAGCUCUGUCAUACACCUCAAACCAGAGGAAGAGGAGGGUUACCAUGAAGACCCAGAGGUGCGGGACCGUCCCACUGAGCCUCCUGACGCCCAACCCCCCAGGAAACACUACAGAGAACGCAACAGAGAACACUUUGCUACCAUACGCACUGCCUCACUGGUGACUCGUGAGAUGCAGGAGCACGAGCAGGACAGUGAGCUAAGGGAGCAGAUGUCUGGCUAUAAGAGGAUGAGGCGGCAGCACCAGAAGCAUCUGAUGGGCCUGGAGAACAAGCUGAAGGCUGAGAUGGACGAACACCGGCUCCGUCUGGACAAAGAGCUGGAGAGCCAGAGGAACAUCUUCGCCCAGGAGAUGGAGAAACUGGUCAAGAGACAUCAGGCCGCUAUGGAGAAAGAUGCGAAGACCUUUAACAACGAUGAGAAGAAGUUCCAGCAGCACAUUCAGGUCCAACAGAAGAAAGAACUCAGCAGCUUCCUGGAGACUCAGAAACGAGAGUACAAACUACGCAAGGAGCGGCUCAAAGAGGAGUUGAGUGAGAACCAGUCGACCCCUAAGAAGGAGAAGCAGGAGUGGCUGUCCAAGCAGAAGGAGAACUUCCAGCACUUCCAGGCUGAGGAGGAAGCCAACCUGUUGAGGAGACAGAGGCAGUACCUGGAGCUGGAGUGUCGGCGCUUCAAACAGAGGAUACUCAUCGCCAGGCACAACGUGGAGCAGGAUCUGACACGAGAGGAGUUAAAUAAGCGUCAGACCCAGAAGGACUUGGAGCAUGCCAUGCUGCUCAGACAUCACGAGUCGAUGCAGGAGCUGGAGUUCAGACAUCUGGGAACCAUCCAGAAGAUGAGGGCGGAGCUUAUCAGGACGCAGCAGACGGAACUGACCAAUCAGCUGGAGUACAACAAGAGGAGGGAGAGAGAACUGAGACGCAAACACGUCAUGGAGGUUCGACAGCAACCCAAGAGUUUAAAGUCCAAAGAGCUGCAGAUUAAGAAGCAGUUCCAGGACACGUGUAAGAUCCAGACACGGCAGUUCAAGGCCCUGAAGAACCACCUGUUGGAGAGCACUCCCAAGGCCGACCACAAGGCGGUGCUCAAGAGGCUGAAGGAGGAGCAGACCAGGAAACUGGCCAUUCUGGCCGAGCAGUACGACCACUCGAACAACCACAUGUUGUCCACACAGGCUCUGCGUUUGGACGAAGCCCAAGAGGGUGAGUGUCAGGUGCUGAGGCAGCAGCUGCAUCAGGAGUUGGAGCUGCUGAACGCCUACCAGAGUAAAAUCAAGAUGCAGACAGACGCCCAGCACGACAGAGAGAGGAAGGAUCUGGAGCAGAGAGUGUCGCUCCGCAGGGCUCUACUGGAACACAAGAUUGAGGAGGAGAUGCUGUCUCUGCAGAACGAGCGUGUGGAGCGUAUCAGGUCUCUGUUGGAGCGCCAGGCCAGGGAGAUGGAGGCCUUCGACUCAGAGUCCAUGAGACUAGGCUUCAGCAACAUGGUGCUGUCCAACGUGCAGGGCUCGGACACACACGGCAGCCCAGGGGGGUCUGGAGCGUCUCAACAAAGCCAUCACCAGGGGGGGUCCAGCUCCCAGCAGCCGUGGGGUCACCCUGUGCUGGCUGGGGGACCCCCUCCCUGGAGCCUGCACCAGCCCUCUGGAGGGGGGAGUCAGAGGGGGAGUGGGGUGGGAGUGGGGGGGGUCAGGAACAGCCCCCAGGUUAUGAGGAGGGCGUCAACGUCGGGAGGUGGGCGGAGCGAACAGGGCAUGAGCAGGAGCGCCAGCAUCACCUCCCAGAUCUCCAACGGAUCAUACACCUAGACACACACACACAGACACACACACACACACAUAGACACACACACAGACACACACACACAGACACACACACAGACACACACACACAGACACACACACACACACACACAGAAGUCACACACUGAAGACACACACACACAGACGAUGAACACACUUGUCGUUAGCCUUGAAACACACACAGCUGGUGUACCAACCAUCUUAACACACACUGAACUAAACACACUUGUGAUUUGGGGCGGCAGGUAGUCUAGUGGUUAGAGUGUAGGAGCGGCAGGUAGUCUAGUGGUUACAGUGUAGGGGGUUAGGUAGCCUAGUGGUUAGAGUGUAGG